GAACCAACUUUUGGGGAAGUAGCUUUGGGACUAUAUUUGCCUGCGCACCCACAGAGAGAGCAUGGCAUUGAAAUGUUUGUAGAGAGUUCGGUUGGUUCUCUCAUUUAUUCCUGGAAAAGGACACUAUGAUUACAGCUCCUGAUCACUCAAAGACGCAACUGGGAAACAUUCGUGCUGAGCUGAUCCACCGGGAUGCCGACAGUGAAGGAAAAGGAGGACAACAUCUAUAUUUGAAUCACUCCCCUCCUCAUUCACAAUCCCUCAUCCGCAGCUUACUUUGGAAACGCCUCACAACACAAUAUUGAAUACUGUACAGCACCUGCACUCCUCUUCCCCUGCCUCCUGCCUCCUCUGCUUUGAUCUGGCAGCCCACUUUUUAAAGGAAGAGAAGUUCAGUAGCAGCCCCAGGGCUUUAGUCCUGUCGAACCCUGACCACUGACACACUGUCCCCCCUUUAUACCACCCCUUCUCUUUCCUCUCCUCUCCCUGCCAUGUCCAACGACACCAGCCUUCUCAGUGUCUGGGAGGCCCCCGAUUGGGUAGACACCUCUCAGUGCCCGCCCUCGGUAGGUGGGGCGACUUUCUUGAUCAUAGCAUACAGCGCUGUCAUAGCAAUCGGUUUGCUGGGCAAUGCAGGCCUGGUGUUCAUCAUCGGCCGGCAACAGGAGUUGCGUAACGUCACAAACAUCCUGAUCGCCAACCUGUCGUGCUCUGACAUCCUCAUGUGCGUGGUGUGUCUGCCUGUUACCGUCAUAUACACACUGAUGGACCGCUGGGUGCUGGGAGAGGCCCUGUGUAAGGUGACUCCCUUUGUUCAGUGCAUGUCAGUGACAGUCUCUGUCUUCUCCUUGGUGCUGAUUGCUCUGGAGCGUCACCAGCUGAUCCUGCAUCCUACCGGCUGGUCUCCCGCCGCCGGACACUCCUACCUGGCCGUAGGGCUGACGUGGCUGGUCGCUUGCUUCAUCUCGCUGCCCUUCCUCUCCUUCAACAUCCUUACUAACGACCCCUUCCAGAACAUCAGCCUGCCCGCCAACCCCUUCAGGGACCAUUUGAUCUGCAUGGAGCUGUGGCCCUCAGAUAAGCAUCGUCUUGCCUACACGACCUCGCUGCUGGUCUUCCAGUACUGCCUGCCACUUCUGCUGGUGCUCCUCUGCUACCUCAGGAUCUUCUUACGCCUGAGACGACGCAGGGACAUGCUGGAGCGAAGCAGGAGGACUCGGGGAGCCCAGAGGAUUAACGUCAUGCUGUUAGCCAUCGUGAUUGCCUUCGCUCUGUGCUGGCUGCCGCUGAAUGUCUUCAACACGCUCUUUGACUGGCACCACCAGGUCCUGCCCGACUGCCAGCACGAUGCCAUCUUCUCCGCCUGCCACUUAACAGCGAUGGCCUCCACCUGCAUUAACCCCGUGGUGUACGGCUUCCUCAACAGCAACUUCCAGAGGGAGCUGAAGUCGACGCUGCAGCGCUGCCAGUGUGGCAACCGGGCAGCGGAGAGCUACGAGAGCUUCCCUCUCUCCACUGUGGGCAGCGAGGGCAUGACGAAAGCCACCUCCCUCAACAGGAUGGGAUCAGUGUGCGUUCCCUCACCCAGACCUGAGUUCAGCUCAACAAUACCAGCGAAAACAAUACCAGCUAACACUUAAUAAUGGGCACUACCAAACAUGCCUGACAAGUGGCUGGCAAGCAAAUGGCUUGUGAGUGGCUGACAGCUGGAACAAUGUGUAACAGACAGAAGAGCUGUCAGGGACCUCUGAGCAACUCAAGUACUGCUUACUUCAUUUCCAUUCAUUCCUGCAAGAGUAACACACCGUAUUUCACUCGGGCUGAAUGUUUCAGGGGCAGGAAAGGAUGCGGAUGGAUGCUGGCUAAUGUAGCUUCAAGUCCAGAACACGAGAAGCAAAAUCUUGUAAAGUUUAAGGGACAUGUAGAGAAAGCAGAAGAGCUGGAAGAACUGAUCGCUAUGGUAAGGCUGACUUGUUUUAAAAACAACAUCCAUGUAAAAGUGUCUUAAAUAUGGACUUGAUGUCAACAUACGUGAGAUUGUGCUAAAAGAUUAAGGCUAAAGUUAACAGGGUCCAGGUUAAAGAAGUCAAGUUGAUACAGAAGUCAUGAAAAUAAAGAAACAGCAUUGUUUGUGUGUUGCAGAUGUGUUACAUUACAGUGUGAAAAGAAAAAUGUAAGGACAAAUUCUGUAUUAUAAAGUAUAAUACAACACAUGUGUUAUAUGAACCUGUUUGGAUGCUAACUAUAGAAAACAGACUUGGAUAGGGUUGCCACCCGUCCCUUAAAAUAUGGAAUCGUCCCGUAUUUGAGAACUAAAUAGCGCGUCCCGUUUUGAAUCAAUACAGGACACGGUUUGUCCCGUAUUUCAGAGUUGUCUUUAAUGCAGCAUCCCAUGCAAAUCAUCCCACCUGCAUUCUGUGAAGACUUCUCCUUUUCCACCUCGCAUACUCGCUGCCAUUGUUGGUUUGAUUAAUCCCAUCAGAUUCAGAGCCAAUUGGAGUCAGAUAAGGGCGGGUCUCAUGGCAAGGAGUCGAGUUGAUGUACAUUAUGGACAUAAUGGUAUGAUUAGUCUUUUAAGGCUUUUAAUCUAAUAUGAGAUAAGAGAGAGAGGCUGUAGGCUGUUUAAUGCACAUUUAAUCAUCAAAAUACAGUGCCUAUGUGAUGAAUAUAAACAACUACAUGUUAUGCUUAAACAAUCUAUAGAAUUACAUGAUUCAAUACAAUAGAAUUAAUAAUAGGCAGACUAAAAACUGAAAAAAUAAAUACAUUAUUUAUGUGUGUUUUCAUUGUUUGGAUGGUAUUACUGCAAACAAUGACACAUACAGUAUUUUAGCCAAAAUCUGUGUUCACACCCCCCUUUACAAUUACUCAAGUUCUUUAGCUAUUUCUCAGCAAGAACAGGUGCUCUGUGGAGCUCAUUAGGAGAAAGAUUUUUCUGUUCAUAGUUUUACUGCAGUAGUUUAAAAGACAAACAGCUACUCAGUGCUGAAUGAGUAGUGUACUUCUGAUUAGAAAUGAUUUAUAAAAGGAAGUAGGCCUAACAUGCACCAAUACUGCACACAAGGCCUACUACUUCUAAUCCACUGAUUUUCAUUGUGUUUAUGGAAAAUCCUUUGCAAAAGUCUUCAAAUUGUAUCAAAGCAUUUGUUUUAGCCUAUUUGUAGUUAAUAAGUUAUGGAUAAUUUGAUUUAAUAAUUUAAUAACAUACAGUUCACAUCCUAUUUUUUUGUGCACUCACUGUCACACGUUGUUGGCCUAUGUUUAUUAUUGUCAUGGAGUGGAUCUUAAUACUCUCCUGAAAACAUGUUUUAACUUUUGAUAUACCACCACUGGCACGCCAUCGGGCCUGUCGUUGCCAGGCCCCCGAGGGGUGUGGCCCCCGCUCCGGCAGGCGUCCCUUAUUUUUCUGUAUUGAAGGUGGCAACCCUAUGUUUGGACAAAUAACACAGAGGUUACUUAUUUAGUUUCACGUACACAAAAGAAAAGGCUUUUGUGAUGAGGAAUAAUCGAUGUGUUCGGCAAAUGUAAUCUUGAAUAACAAGUUUGGUUGGAGUUGCUCACAUUAUUUUAAACUCUGAUGUAGCCUUCUUCCAUCCUGGACUGGCUCCCACACAGUGGAUGUCUGUAAUCCCACAUAAUAAUGUAGUUAGCAAGUGAUAUGCUAACGCUUAGCGUUGACCGUAACACUAGCUGGUUAGCCAGACAUGCUAACCUUUGCAGCUUACGUUAAAGCAGAUAAACACACUGUUUAUUUCAUUCUUUGUGUUUUUGCUUGUGUAUUUUUAUUUUUUUUAUAAAGGCGAUAAAAAAAGGCAUGACCUUCCAAAUUCUUACCGGAGCCAUGCCUGGUUAUGGACCAGAUGCUGAGCUAUAUUUGGGACAAUUGCUUUUUGGGGAUGGGGUUUAGCCAGAGGUCAAUUUUGAGCAUUGACUGACAACAAAAUGUAUGUAAUAGGAGUGAGACAAAACUCUCUAACUGUAAACGAAGAACUGAAACUGAAAGAAUGUCUAAAACAGUGAAAUACACGUGUUUUAUUUGUAAGUGUAAAUGAUUCAUCACUAUGAUAGUGAACACUGUUGAUAAGCAUGCCUUACUGAGCAUUUUUAAAGUGUGGUGGAGAUUAUUUGGUGCUUGAUUUAAACACGAUGGAAGUAAAUGAGGCUGCUUAACAUUAAUGUAUUAUAUGACUCAUACACUAUGAAGGUUUUCAUUACAAACCACUGAACAAGAGAAGAAUGUGCUACAAUGAGCAAUUAGCUUGAAUGGAUUUCUUACUAUUUUCAGUGGCUGAGUUACAAAUACAAUAAAGUAUAUGAGAGAUGUAGUUAUUAUUGAUGCCGCUCAGCCUUCCCUUUUUCUGAACGAGAUGUAGCGUUGUAGGAAUCUUCCAAAUACGGAGAACUCAGCACACAAUGAAUUAAAAAGAUGAAUUUUCACGA